CUGCAAACAAGGCUGAUUCGGAAAUCACAUUCAAACUCUCUUCCAUUCCAAUAAUCCAACCCCCAAGAAUCCCUCUUAUUAUAAAUUCCCUUUAUUUAAUUCCCAUUCUAUCUCCUCACUACUUCAACUCUCUCAUUCCUUUCCCACUUUAUGACACCAAAUAAAAAACUGCAACUCUCUCAGAAAACAAAGACACCCUUUUAAGUUUUAUAUCAUCCUAACCCAAAAUUACACUGUGACUGACACCAACAUGGGUUCGGUUCCUGCGGAACUAAGCUUAGAUUUUGUUCCCAAAACAAUCACUGAUUUUCUCUGCUACAUUUCCACCACAAAUAACGCCACCCUCAAGUUGUUCUUGCUUGAUGACUUCAUCAGCAAGUUGGAACUUGAAUUGUCCAAGAUCCAAGCAUUCAAACGCGAACUUCCCCUCUGCAUCUUCCUCUUAAAUGAUGCAAUUUCAGCUCUGAAGGUGGAAUCAGCAAAAUGCAGGGUGCUUAAAUCUGAACCAGUGUUGGAGGAGUUUAUUCCCUUGAAGAGAGAGUGUGAUCAGAGGGAGGAAAGUGAAAAGGAGAAGGAAUGCAAGGAUAACAAGAAGAAUUGGAUGAGUUCUGUGCAGCUUUGGAACACUGAUAAUAAUUACAAAAAAAAUGCAUGUGACUGUGACAAAAAACCAAACUUUAAACAAGAAAACAAGGAGAAUUAUGAAGAAGAAAGACAAAGUGUUGCUGAGGGCUUGUUCCAAUAUGGUAGAAAUAGAAAUGGAGGGAGGGGGUUUAUGAUGCCUUUUUCCACAACAAAGGGAGAGAAGGAAGAUUGUGUGGCGAAGGGACUCUCUCUUCAGACCCCUGGAACUGUAAUGAAGAACUCAAGGGAAGGUUAUGGUUCCAGAACCAGCUCUAGCAGGGUGGUUUCCUCCUCUCCUUUGGCUCCGCCUCAGCCGCAAUCUGCCCGGAAACAAAGGAGGUGCUGGUCGCCGGAGUUGCAUCUUCGAUUUGUUAAGGCUUUAGAGGAGCUUGGAGGUUCUCAAGUGGCUACUCCAAGGCAAAUUAGGGAAUUCAUGAGGGUCGAUGGCCUGACCAACGAUGAAGUAAAGAGUCAUUUACAAAAAUACCGACUUCAUACACGCAGAGUUCCACUUGCUACGGCUACAACUGCUAAUCGGUCUGUUGCGGUUCUUGGAGGCUUGUGGAUGCACAAUGAAUCCUCAAAGGGUAGCAGUUCUGAUUCUCCUCAAGGCCCCCUCCAAUUAGCUACACGAUCCGGGGAAGGGACAUCGCCUACAGAGGGUGACAACAUGAUAGAUGAUGAUGUAAAAUCCGAGUUAUAGCUGGAAAAAGUCACAUUCUCAAACAUGCAAAAUGGGUGAUGUAUAGAUAUUUUUCCCACCAUCAAUUUUGCAGAUGAAAGUAUAUGUGGGAGUAGUUUUAGGCUACACAAAAACAGCACAUGAUACAUAAAGGAGGAUGGAUCUAUGAAGAGAUGCUUUUUAUUGGAAACACUGUAGUGCCAUGCCACAGGAGAAAUUACUCCAAUGUCUUAGAUGGAAUGUCUGCAUUUUUUGGUGGAUUUUGAAGUUUCAUGAUUAUAAAUUUGAAUUCUAGCAUUGACUGCAGUCUUGUCAAAAUAGAAGCCUUUGAAGGCUAUUGUGUAACUCUCCCAAUUUUGCUUCCUAUCCCCCAUGUAUCAAUAGUGGUGAAGGAUUGUUCAGAUUUAACUUGAAAGACAUUGAUUUAUGCUCAAUUAGGGUCUGGAGUCAAGACAGGUGAUGAAAUUUGUCAUCAGGGUCAGAUGUAAACUUACCAUCCUAGCUAGAGAGAGAUAAAAUGCUUGAUAUCGUUUUGUAACAAAGUCCAUAAGACUGUUAGAAAAUGUAUUAAAAUAUGAUUUUGACCAAAAUAAAUAAAAAAUGGUAAAAGUCCU